UACGGUCAAGGGGAGGUAAGUCAUAUUUCGUUUAAAAACGUGUACCGGAAUUGUCAUUUUUGUAGCAACCAGUUUACAUGUACGUGGCAGAAUUUCAGGAUGCACCGGCUAAAGGCAUUAAUUUUUGUACCAAUUUUAGUGAUACUCUUUAUUCCCUCUGGGGCAAAGAAAGGGAAGUCACUCAUCCUUGAGCUAGAUGACUUGAAGGAGUUCAAGAAAACCUUGAGGACAAAAACCAAUCUUUUAGUAGCCUUUGCUAAGUCAGACAAUGCAGCAUCAAAGCAGAUGUCAUUAUUGGAGGACCUUGCUGAGGAAAUUAAAGGAAAAGGAACCGUGGCCUUUGUAGAUUGCAGUGAGGCAAAAAAACUAUGCAAAAAUUUGAAAGUUUCUCCGUCACCCUUGGAGCUGAGACAUUACAAGGAUGGAGACUUUAACAAAAAUUAUGACAGAAAAAUGGUUAAAAAGUCGUUGGUGAACUUUAUGUAUGACCCUACAGGAGAUAUACCGUGGGACGAGGAGGCCGGGGCCGAGGACGUUGUACAUGUAGAGAGUGAACAGGGGUUCAACAAGCUUCUUAAGAAAGGAAAAUAUCCAAUUCUAGCCAUGUUUUAUGCACCAUGGUGUGGAUUCUGUAAGAGGUUGAAGCCAGAUUUUGCUGCUGCAGCUACAGAACUGAAAGGACAAGUGAUAAUGGCAGGAAUUGACGUAGAUAAACCACAACAGAUGGCCCUAAGAGCACAAUAUAACAUUACAGGAUUUCCUACACUCUACUAUUUUGAAGGUGGAAAAUUAAAAUACAAAUAUGGUGGAGAAAAUAAUAAAGAAGGUCUUAUAAAAUGGCUUAAAAAUCCCAGUGAGCCGGAAGAGCCUAAACCGGAGACACAAUGGGAGGACGAGGCACCGGAAGUAGCUUAUCUCCAUGACAACACAUGGGAGGAUUUUAUGUCAACUCAUGGUUCCGUACUUGUCAUGUUUUAUGCCCCAUGGUGUGGUCACUGUAAAAAGAUGAAACCUGAAUACCAGGAGGCCGCACAAACUAUGAAAGCAGAAAAUAUUGAAGGACAGUUGGCAGCUGUAGAUGUUACAAUAGAUAAAAAAUUAGGAGAUCAAUUUAGUAUAAAGGGAUUCCCAACAGUGAAAUACUUUAAAAAUGGUGUAGAAGAGUUUGAUUUUAAUGAAAGAACGGCAGAUAAAAUUGUUGAUUUUAUGAGAGAUCCAAAAGAGCCCCCACCGCCCCCGGAGCCAGAAAAGUCGUGGGAGGAGACUGAGAGUGAUGUUGUACAUCUGACAGAUGAUGAUUUUAAACCUGUACUGAAAAAGAAGAAACAUGCUCUAGUUAUGUUUUACGCUCCAUGGUGUGGUCAUUGUAAGAAAGCUAAACCAGAAUAUAUGUCCGCAGCAGCUCAGUUUAAAGAUGACACAAAGGUAAUGUUUGCAGCCAUGGAUUGUACAAUACACAGGACUUCAUGUACAGCUCAUGAUGUUAGUGGAUAUCCUACAUUUAAAUAUUUCAAUUAUGGGAAAAAUGCACAGAAAUAUAUGGGAGGAAGGGAGGAACCAGACUUUAUAAAGUUUAUGAAGGAUCCCCUCAAUACAGAGCCGGAACCCAGCAAGCCUCCAUCACCUUCCCCAGAGGAACACUGGAGUGACGUGACUGGUUUCCAAAAUGUGGCCUUUCCAUCGGGAGAAAAUUUUGAGAACUUUAUAAAAGAACAUAACUCAGUUCUUGUCAUGUUUUACGCACCAUGGUGUGGUCAUUGUAAAGCAAUGAAGCCUGCCUAUGGUGAAGCUGCUACUUUACUUAAACAAGAAAAUCAUGCAGGAAUUUUAGCAGCUGUUGAUGCAACUAUAGAUAAUGCAUUAGCUAGUAAAUAUGAAGUGAGAGGUUAUCCUACACUUAAAUAUUUCAAGAAUGGUAAAUUUGCCUUUGAUUAUAGUAGUGGAAGAUCUACAGAUAAUUUAGUUGCCUUUAUGAAAAAUCCUAAAGAGCCAGGACCACCCCCUGAGGCAGAGCCAGCCUGGGACACGGUUAAAAGUGCUGUAAAUCACCUGACUGGUGAUAACUUUAGCUCAUUUACAGCCUCGAAAGAUGCUGUCCUCGUCAUGUUCUAUGCUCCAUGGUGUGGUCAUUGCAAGAAGGCCAAGCCAAGUUACCAGGGAGCUGCAGAUAAAUUAGGGGAUAGUCGUAGAGCUUUAGCUGCCGUGGAUUGUACUGCUGCUAAAAGUAAAGAUUUAUGUUCCAAAGAAGGCAUUAAAGGAUUCCCGACAAUAAAGUUGUACGUUAAAGGUCAGUUCCUCGUAGAAUACAGCGGUGAUAGAACAGAAGAAGAGUUCUUUAAAUUUAUCAUGAACGCCCCAACGGUGAAGGAAGAAUUAUAGAGUUAAAAGAUCUGUCUUUGUUUUAUGUUUUAAACCAUGUCAUAUUUCAGUUUCCAUUACUUGAUUUAUUAAAUUAACUUUAAGCCAGGUCAGUUAAAAAGUGUUUCCUUGAAAGAAAAUGUUCACAAGAUUUUAUGACUUUCAGAAAAUUUUUCAUGAAUUUGUUCCAAUUUCUAAAAUGAUUUUGUUCCAAUUUCAAAGACGAUUGUAUUGAAAAGAUUCAGUAUUACUUUAUUUCUUUUGAUAAUUGGAGGAUAUUUUCUUUGGUGUAUAGUUGUAGGUAAUAUUGAUAUCUUAUUGUAUAAGAUUCAUUAUUUAACAUUUAGAUACCUUGAAUUAGUUAUUUUUCGAUUUAUUUAUUUCGGGUUGAUUUAAGUUACUUUACUAACAAUCAUUUGAUACUCUGACAUCGAAUAUUUGUCUUUAAAAAAACAACAAAAACCAUUUCCAUAGUAGCAUUUUCAUUAGAUUUUAUAUGUUUAUAUAAGUGUUAGGUAAUUAAUACUGUUUUUGUCAUUGUUUUAUUAAUGAUGGAAUUGUUAAGAAUGUUGUAUUCCUCCCAUUUUGUAACAUAUAAAAUGUGAAAUUACACAUAAAAUGACUAAAAUGUUGAUAAUCUGUAACUGUUGUUGAUCGUCACCUUCAAGAGACAUGAUUACCGUAUUAAAACAUAGUUGUAUGCUUAAUUUAAAGCUGCAUGCCUCCAAAUGAGCCAAAAUAUGGAAAGAAAAUCAGACUUGAAAAAUACAUGUAUUAGGAUUUUAAGAAAAGUAAAACCAAGUAUUAUGUUAUCUGUAUUUAAUGACUGAUUUUGCUGUAUUUAUCUCCAUAUUUCGACUGUGUGACUAAACACAGUGGGGUUAUUUUUGCAUAUUUUCAUUUCUAUUUUGUAAUAAAUAUGGAUUUUAAGUUGUCCUUUGCAAUGUGUAAAUUACUUUCUUGUUAGUUCACAUUAUUUUUUCUAGUUUAAUAAUAUAUUUUCAGAAUUUUGAUGAAAAUACAGUCUAACUUGCCCAUGCGACCACGUGUAUUAAGCGACUUUUGUCUUAAACGACCACUUUAAAUUCCCCCCGAUCAUUUUCUCUCUAUAUCUUUAAUGUAUUAAGCGACUUUUGCUCAACGCGACCAGUGACCGCUAAUUAGUCACCUAAUUGAGAUACAUCUUUUCAUUAAACGACCACUUUUACCUGUCAAGUAUUUGUGUUUUUAGAGAACGCCGCCUUGUAAUGUCAAGUGUCAACAAUCAACACACAACAAAUAAACGUGUGAAAAACUCUAUUUCCCAAACCGUUUUAGCGUAUGCAAAUGAAGUUAAGUAUACGCGUGACGUGUAUUAUCCAAUAAUAUCGGAUAAAUAAUGCAACGCUCCGCCCCUACUGAGAUGGUGUAUACGCUUCGCUUGUUGACAUUUAGACUGCAUUGAAUUGACCUUGAACUUGAUCAGCAAUUAAAUUUAUCGUAACAAUUAGAUGUACGUUUGUUUAUUUCAAAUGAAAAAAAAGCACAACAGAAAACAUCUUCACUAAUAGGGUUUUCGUGUUGGAGACAAGGAAAAACAACGGAGAAGUUAACAAAUUCUGGUAAAAAUGUCAAACAUGUACGUAAUGGAUAAAAACUAUUUUGCACCCCGUUUUGUCAAUAAAUAUCAGAAAGUUAUUUAUUACUUUUGCAUCCAUUUAGAUUAUCGGAGCGUACUAAUUAUUCAACAUUUAUAUAAAAAUGAAUUUGAAAAACAUUCCUACCGCAUAAGAAAGAUGUCAUUUAUAAAUUUUGACUUUUAUAUCAUGCUGACUGUCUUAAGAGACCGUUUCGUUAAGCGACCGUUUUGGGUCUUUCCCUUGCGCGGUCGCUUAAUACACGUUUGACUGUAUGCAUGUUUCUGGAGGCAUGCUGCUUUAAACAAAAUCAACUUUUUGUGAUGUGUUUUGUUCCACACAUAAGAACAUAAUAAAUGAGCCAUUUAUGUGGACGUCAUAAUCGUAACAUAGCCUUAAAUUGUUUACCUGAUCUUGUAUACUGACAACAAACAAAAUUUUGAGCCGCUUCACGACACAACCAACAUAGUGCGUUUGCGACAAGCAUGGAUCCAGACCAGCCUGCACAUUCGCGCAGUCUGAUCAGAAUCCAUGCUGUUUGCUAUCAGUUUCUCUACAUGUAAUAGGGUUGGUAAGCGAACAGCAUGGAUCCUGAUCAGACUGCGCGGAUGCGUAGGUUGGUCUGGAUCCAUGCUGGUAGCAAACCCACUAUGUUGGUUUUGUUGUGACACGGCUCAAAUAAUUGACAUGACAUGAGUUUUGUUACUGUUCACUUCUCACUUUGCAUUUAGUAUUUGAAAUUGUUUGUUCACAUGUUUAUGACUUGUAAUAAUUUUUUAUAUUGAAUUCACCAAAACAAUUCAGGUUCAAAACUGCUGACAUUUUGUAUGAAAUCUAUAAAUUGUAUGAAAUUUAUAAAUAUGACAAGAUAUACACCAUUUAUCACAUAAACCGCAGUGCAGAGGUGAAAUAAAGCCAUUUAAUAAGAACUAUUUUAAAUAUGUGAUAAAUAGAAUAUUAUAUUUGUAUAGAUCCAAUAACAAUUGAAAAAUUAAUUGAAUUUGUUGGAUAAAACAAUGCUAUGCCCUCCAGACGCUGGCAUAAUAUGAUUUUAUUCAACUUGUUUAAUAAAUUUAGUAUUAAACCUACACUCAUUCAAUAUCCUCUAUGUAUUGUUCUAAUUCUUUUGACAUGUCUGACUCAAGUUUCUAUUAAAACAAGCAAUAAAUUUGGCAAGAUUUGAUAAUAAAGUGUUAUAUUGUCUGGUGUUGUAAUGUAUUUACAGAUAAAGCUAACUUGCAAUAGUAUAAUUGUGUUGGGAAUGUGCUAACAAGUAUGGUAUUUUUUUGUUCAACAAAGCAGCUUAAUUUAUGGCCUUUCUAUACCUGAUAUAUUUUGUUAUGUUUCGUUUGCAUUUUUCUGAUUGCUUCUUAUUAUUUUAAUCUUUAUAACUAAAUUGGAAUCAUUGUAUUUUAAAGUAAACAAAAAAUUUUCUUUCUUUAUAAAGUUCAAAUAUGAGUUUCAUAAUGCCCUAGAGCAUGUUAAAUGUGUAUCAUCAGAAGAAGUGCUAAAAGAUAAAUUAUUUGUCAUUAUAGUAGCAAAAUGUAUACUUUACUAAAUGCCAAAAAAGAAUAGCAGUAAAAGAUGGUUCAAGUAAUUAACUAAUGAAUUGAUUAACGUUUUGGAAACUUUAGCAGGACACUAGAAAUUGAAAAGCUUUUGAGAAAUAAAAAUUAAAGCAUUUAUAAAUGGGCCUUCAAUAAGAUUUCACUGAGUAUUAUUUUUUAUAGUUGAUGCUAUUAAAAUGUUAAGCGGAUAUUAUUUUUGACAUUUGAAAAUUACAUUGAAGCUUGGGGCUGGGAAAUUAAUUAUGCAUAUAUUAGUGGUGGAGCUUUUCUGACUAGGGUAAAAGGAGGGACAGGUGUGUUACGACAAAAAGUGAAAUUGUUCAAUUUUAGACUGAUAUUAAUUAGAUAAUCUUUUAAGUUAGUGAAGUUCAUGGCUCUAUGAACUUCAGGAAUAUUUCAUACUUUAUAAUUUAUAAUAAAAGGUAUUAUACAUAUUGUAAUGAAAUCCAGAUUUUAAUAUAGAAAACUUUACAUGUAUUUGUGAUUUUCAGUUACAUUUUUAUUACUUUUACAAAGCAUAUAAAAGCCUGACUGAUGGGAUAAAUUUACUACUUACAUCAUUUUUUUUUGAUUUUGAAGAAAAAUUAUUUUUGGAUUGGGGUGGGGGAUAUUUUAAACCCUGUAAUAUGAUAUUUUCUAAAUGUAUAAAAAUAUGACUUUGUCUGAUUUUUCAAUAACAUAACAAAUUAGAUUUUGGGGUUUUUUUUAUGUUUACUGAUAAUGCAGUGUAUUUUUGUAUUUCAUUGUUGAAAAAAGAGACAAAUGUUCCAAUCCAUUUUUUCUUCAAUUUUCCUCUAUUCUUUUAAAAGCUGACAUUGUACUUAUUAAGAAAAUUAAGACUAGUAAACAUUUUUUUAAAUUAAAAAAAACUAGGUAGAAUAGCUAACCAUUAACUUUAGCUUAAAUUUUUCUAGACUUUUAAUUCUGUCCGAAAACGGGCGAUGGUGCUAAAUUAAUAAUUUAAAUUAUAAACCAAUUAGAGAAUAAAAAAUCAAAUGCAGAGUAAUGGUGCUACACUAGUGUUUCAGAAAUCCCCCCCCCCCCC